GUCCGGAAGCCAUAAUAAGUCAUACUGGAAAUAAACACUCAAGUAUUUUCCUUUCUUAAAGUGUUUCGGUUUUAUAUGAAGAGACCAAGAGUUAAUUCAAGAAUCAAGAAAAGUUAAUUGACGUUCUGUCAUGCAUACGAAUUUCGUACUUGUAGUGGUAAUAGGGAUUUUUUUGACUUCCCAAACAGAGGGAAUUCGACUUGACACAAUUCAGAAUGGUGGAUCACAGUCGGGGGAUGGAAUCCUAGAUAUAGAUAAUGGUAGUGGAGUUGGUCCCACCUUUACAGAUGAUGAAGAUCUGGGGGAUGAAUCCUCAGGAGAAGGCUCAGGGUCUGGACUUGCUCCUACCAAAAUCCCUCAUGAUUUGUCAACAAUUCUUCCAACCACAACUCGUUCCUUGACUGCAUGUGAACAGCUCAGAUUAUCAGCAGAAAACAUAACGACAGAUGUCUAUAGACCUAAGUGCACAGUGACUGGAGAGUAUGAGCCUUUACAAUGUCACAGAAGGAUGUAUAACAAAGAAUGCUGGUGUGUGGACAGGUUUGGUGAUGAAGUAACAGGCUCAAAGAUGAUGCAGCCAAAUGUUCCAGAUUGUAUAACAGGAAAAGGUCUAAAGCCUUGUGUUUUCCAGUUGCUAAAAAAGAAGCAAGGUCUUUUGGGAGUUUAUCAUCCACGAUGCACCAUAGAUGGAGAAUUUGAGAAGAUUCAGUGCCAUGGAUCUGCUUGUUGGUGUGUGGAUGUAAAUGGUCUUGAACGACGGGAAACUAGAGUAUUUCAGCCAGAAGUUCCUAACUGUAUAGAAACUACAAAAGCAACCAUGCCAUCAUCAACUACAACAUCCCCCAAAACAGAAAAUCCCACACCAGAACCAGUGCCUCUAACAGAAAAGCCAGAAGUCAAAGAAAAGUCAGAUAACAAAGACAUUCAUAAAUACACACCAAAUAUAGGAGAAGAUGAGAAAAAUGAGGAUCGAAAUAUCAUCAUUCCUGGCAUAAAUGGGGUGGCAAAGCCUGUUGAUCCCAAUAUGAAUAAUAGACAUGACAUAGACAAGGAAGAAACUGACCAGGGUAGGGCAGAGAGUCAGGAAUCUUCUCCUAUUGUUUACAUUAUGGCUAGACCAGGAUUACUAGCAGCUGUCAUUGGUGGAGCAGUGGUGGCACUGUUGUUGACCAUUUUGCUUGUGAUGUUCAUUGUUUAUCGUAUGAGGAAGAAGGAUGAAGGUAGCUACCCACUGGAUGAGCAGAAAUACACAAAUUAUUCAUAUAUGAAAGCACCCGAUAAAGAAUUCUAUGCAUGAUGAGAUGAAAAGAUCAACACAAAUUCAUUCUGUCUGAGCAUGAUAUUUUUAACUGUGUCUUUAACUUUCAUGCCAAAAAAGUAUUUUCAGUUUGUAUUCCAGUUUGCACGUAUGGACCAAAUAAUGCAGCGAUAACUGUGCUCUGUAAAAUGAAUAGCGAAUAUUAUUUUCUAGUAAAUGUGCGAGUUUUGUAUCAUUACUAAAGAGUACCUUUGUUAUAAAGCAGCUAUGAUUUUGAGCCAUGUACAUAAUGCAAAGAUUGACUGCACAAAUCCAACACUCAGUCCAUCUUCAUGUUUGCAUUGUUAAAUUUGAUGUAUAUGUAUUCAAAGAAAGUUCUUUUGAAUAUGUAUUCAGAGAAGGUGACAAACUACAAUGUAUUUCUUUUUUACAAUCAGGUUUCUAAUUUUGCCUGUCAGGUUUUCAUACUGUCCAUGUUUCUGCUUUGAUUGUUGAUUAUCCAAAGACUAUUAUUACUCUUAUGUUUUUCUACUUAAUAUUACAAGUAAUAAGAAAAAGAAGUGCCUAAUUUGCUGGAUAAAUGUCACUCAUUUUUGAAACAUUAGGGUAGUACCCAAUAGUUGUAUUUUCGGUUAACGUCUGGCAAACGUUGAGUAUAAAAACUGCUUUUUUCUUUUAAUUGUUGUAUUAUAAAGUGAUUGCUUUUAUAUUUUGUUCAAUCAAUUAAAUGAAAAAUUCAGGCAUAGUGCUGUUAGUGUCAUAUUAAAUAUCAUAUUUUAAAAAAAUGAUGAAAAAAGGUGACUGUUGUUAAAACUAAGACAUAAGAGACCAACUGCUUUAUUAUGAUGCAGCAUAUAUCAAGCUGUUUCACUGGUGAGUGUCAGCUGUAAUUUUUUUUCAAUAAACUGUAUGCAAGGUAAACCCUUAACUAAGAACUUGGUUGUUAUGCCCAGUGUGGCUACUAUACAGUAUGGGUUGUUAAAGGAAUUGUUACGUGUGUACAUUAACAGGUACUGGAAUUCCACCUAAGUAUGUUGUGUUUCUAAAGUCAACAUAUUUGGAGACUUCUUUGCACAUUUGCUUUCAUUCUCUCAGAAUGCUUUCCAUGGUGCAACGUUAAAAUGUUGUGAAAAUGUAUUUUUCAGUACCCCCUAGUAACCUGAAGGACCUCAUUUCACUGUAAAUAAAGCUUAUCCCACCGCACCUGUAUUUAUUUAUUUUUUCUUUUACAGUUAGAAUUAAAUUUUUAAAAAUGUAAGAAAAUCACUAAAUUGUGAUGUUAACUCUUACAAGAGGCCAGUAGAGUGCACACUGGUUGCUAGUGGGUUACUGUUUGAUUUUUUUUCCCAAAAUAUUUUAUUUUAUUUUCAGAUACUGUUAUUUUUUUCCCACAAAAAAAAAUAUUUUACUGUUUUAUUGAUUUACAUAAAUUUAUUUUCAAAUACUGUUGUUUUUUUUUUAAGAAAAAAAAUUGAUUGGUGACUUUUUUAACUGUUUGUUUUGGUUUGUGAUCAGAUGUGUCUUUUUUGUGUGUAAUUAUGCCUAAUUGUGAUGUAAAUAAGAAUAAAUAUUAAUUUUACUAAUAUCUCAAGUAGUUUUAGGAUCAUAUUUUCUGGAAACUUUCUUUGACUUUUUGAUGUUUAAACAUGGGCCACUUAGGACUAACCUGUCUGUAUAUGUUAAGAUAAAGUUUUAGACACUCUUGCAUGGACUAUACAGAAUUUAAUAUCUGUAUUAAAGUAGUAGUGGUGGCAUUCAAUCAUUUUUGGAUCCCAGAGCGAUUAAGGAAACAAAAUUUUCAAUGCUGGGACAUAUGUGCUUCAUAACAAUGUCAUGAUAUUUUAUAUGUAUGGAUUGUAAUCUACCAUGUUAAAAAAGGAAAAUUUGCAUAAUCAUGUAUUCAUUUUCAUUUUUAAGUCUUGUGGAUCUGAUGUAUAAGUUAAAGUCACAGGCCAUGUUUUGUAUUUGUCAUGUUUUCAUGUCUAGAUAUUGCAAGAUGUUGGACAAUUUUUUAAAUACAUUUGUUCUCCCUUGGCUAAGAGACAGGCAAUGUGUUUUUUUUAAUUAUGUCCAUUUCAAAUAUGCAGGUAAACUUUUUUUCUCAAAUUUUUUUUGCAAAUCAGGUAGGUUUAUUUGUAGGUCAUGCAAUAUACACCGUAUCAUAUGGCUGUGAAGGACAUUCUUAGGUGAUAAAGUUUUUGAAGAAAAAUAACAUAAAUCUGUUGAUGUCAGGAAAAACAAACUUUCAGGAAAAAAUGGGGAUGUGAAUUCACUCAGACUUUAAAAUUUCUGCCAAUAGAUGAUCUCUUUAACAUAUUUUAUGAAAUCAGUUCAAAUUUAAAAUUUUUAUAUUUUACUAAUGAUAUUUUUUUUUCCAAAGCGGAAGUUUAUGUCUAAAGAAGUUUUAGCUGAUCAAUGUGUUUUUAUUUGUAAGACAGCAAUUUAGAUCGUUUAACAGAUGCAUUUACUUCAUGAAAUUUUCAAUAUCAUCAUACAUGUAUUUGUUUCCAUCAAUAUUCAUUUAUGAUUUCAUAAGAUUUUCAAGAGAGAGACUGUUUAGAAAUACAUGUACUUAUAAGCAUAAGAACAACGUGGGUGGGGAAAAAUGUUUUUCAUCCAAUAAAAAAAGAUGUUUUUUAACAUAUUUUUAAAAGCAUAGCUUUCAAUAAAUGUCCAAGAGAAAGCUGAUUUUUUUUCCCAUGGGAAUUAUUUUUUUUUAUUGUUUUUUUUUGACAAAGCGUGACACAAAAAAAUUAAAUAAAUUUUACCAGAAUUCUUAUUGUGCUAUAUAUUAUUAAAAAAAACAAAACAUAACUUAGUUUCUUUUCUCUGACUUUCUGUUCUGUCUUGUUAAGGGCAACUAAAAACUUAUUUUCUUUUUGUAAAAUUUAGAAAAAAUCAAAACAUUUAAAUACUUGAUAGUUGUUAAAUUAUUUUCAUGCUUUCCUUUUUUUUA